CUCACUUAUCCGUGUAUUUGCACGCGGUAAAAAAGGCAUAUGAACUGUCUAGAAUUUUUCUCUUUUCCCUUCGGCCGAUUUUUUUUUUCUUUUUCUUCAUUUUUUUUGUGCAGUAUGCGUCUUAACAUUAUGAGAACCUAACGAUCAGUGAAUCAAAAGAAAUACUACUAUUAGUGAAAGUAGAUCCACGUGUAAUUAACUUUAUAUUCAUAAAGAAUGCACUAACAAAUCGUAAGAGUAAUGAGGGAUUAGAAAUUGAUAUUGCCUGUCAAAAAUAUGUCUGACUCGGGAACUGCACUCUUCUUCUUCUUCCCAACCAAACUCUUCAUCUCCAAAAGGUCGGCCACCUGAUCAAUUGAAUCAUGAAAUUGAAAUUGAAAUGCAAGAUGCAAAUGAAAAUCUGUCUCAUUCAACCCCAAAACCAAAUUUUUCAUUCUUACAAACUGUUAAGAAAUCUUUAAAUCCCUGGGCAGAUUGGGAUAAUGAAGGAUUAUUUCAAUAAUUCCGAAGAGAACUCAAAUGAUACCUCGGAUGCUCUGCUGGAACAAUUUUCCCAACCAGAUUGGAAAUGAAAUUGGCAAAACUGUUAAAGUGGAUGGUACCACCGAGAAUAUUUCCAGAAGAAGGUUUGUUCGAAUUUGUAUUGAGAAACAACCGGCAACUUCUGAUGUGGCUGCAGUUCAAGCUGAUAAACCUACGACCAAUGCUGCAAAUCUUCUCCCCACUGAGUUUGGUGCAUGGAUGCUGGUCGAUCUCAAAUCUCGCCGGAAUCCUACAAAUCCGGCCCGGAAAAAUCCACCGACUUCCGGCUCCAGAUUUCACGUUCUACGGGAUUCUGGAAAUUGUGAGAAUGUAGAGAACCGCCCUGGAAUUAAAAAUUCUAGUCAACAUGUGGGGAAACAUUCUACCACCAGUAAGUCUUCCUCACUCAAAGAUAAAUCCAAGAUUGGCUCAAAUUAACUUUUUCUUGUAGAUGGGAACAAUAAACAAAGUUAUAGGGAUACAUCACUACCCUAUGCUACUAAUGAUAGAGAUACUGUGGUGAAACCUCCUACUGUGCAUGAGCCUGUGACAACUGGGAAAGACACCUCAUCCCAUUCACCAGUUUCUACUUUAACAUAUAACCAGACUUAUGGGCCGGCUUUAAAAACAACAGUACAAAAUACUUUGAAGGCUAAAGCUACUAUUACAGACAAGCAACUAUCUCAUAAUGGUGAAUACAACUCCCCUGACAAAUCUCUUUUCCAGAAGUUGCAAAUUUCUCUCUCUGGAGACUUGGAUGGUCAGAGACAUAGAGAGAGAGAGGAGAUCCUCCAGGAGAUAUCAACAUGGAAGACAGAAAUCUACACCUUGGUACUCCAACACUGGAAACUUCUCGACCAAAUCAGACUUAAGAUGCGGGAAUACCUCGAGCUUCAGAAACUACUCCACCAACAACAAUGGUAUUUGGACAAUCAUCCGCACCUACCGGAACAACCACUUGCUCUAGUCCUACAUGCCAGCAACUUCCUAAGGCAUCAGAAUUUUCCGCAGAACACAAUGCGACAGAUUCUACAGGCGUAUUUUCCCCAGGAAGAAUGGUUGCUUCGAAAAACAGAGUCCGAUAUAAGGAUAUGGCACGCCGACAGCAUGGUAGAAAUACUGCACAUCCCUUAUGUGGAAACGCCAGCUCUCCUAAGAGGGCCAAAAGAUCUGCGGAGGAUAAGGAUGGAAUUGGUUACUGCUUGGGAUGACCAAGUGAUCGAAUUUUAUAUAGUGGUAAGAAGGUUGUCGUUCUCUCGGACUUGUGAAGAUUGAUUUAAGAUUUAAGAUUAUGAAAAGAACUGAGACUAUGGUUU